GAGCAGCGGUCCCGCAGGGCGAAAAACGAAGCGCGGAGGGUACCGAACAAACCAAAUCAUAGUCCAUCUCGAGCGCUGCUGCGGCGCGAACCUAGCAGCUUCAGGCAGCUGGGUUUUUUGCAUUGCUUUUACAGAGGCAGAGGCGAAAUGCACAGCGAAGGCGAGCAAGCCGUGCCGGUCGAUGCGGAUCAAGCCGUGCCGCCGGUGAACGCGGAGCAAGCUAUGCCGCCGGUGAUUCACGCGCAGCCUCCGCCGCGCUCGGCAGGCGAGCCGGUGAUUCACGCGCAGCCUCCGCUAAGCUCGGCGGCAGGCGAGGCUCUCCAAGCGCGGCUCGACGAGGUGAUCUGCGUUCACAUCUUGGACCGCAAUCCGGCAGGAGGAAUGCAAGUCAUUAGGAAUCGCUUCACAUCUUGCGACGGCACGGCAAUGCGACAGUUCGUCGUGACCUCGACGGGCGGCGUCCGGUGCGCCAUCUGCUGCGACAACGACGCGCCAUUCGUACUGUCUUCGCGGACUCCAUUAGUGACGCAGUUGCAUGAUAUGAAGAAGCACUGCGGCCAGUACGAGUCCGAACGGGGUCAGCCUCAGACGCGGACCCACCUCCAACUACUUCGCCUGCUGCUUGAGGGCGCGCUGCACGAGGCGCCCGCCGAGGCGCCCGUCGAGCCCGAGGCGCCCGUCGAGCCCGAGGCGCCCGCCGAGGCGCCUAUUCCUGAACCGGUCGCGGCCGACGACUCCGACGCGGAUGACGAGGGACCCUGGCCGCAGCCGGGCCAGGUCGUCGAGGUCGUCUGGACCAAGGGGACGACGCUCGAGAACCCGGGCGAAGACGGCGUGGAUGGCGUGGAUAGGUGUGUGGUAGAAUCGAUCUGGGGUCUCAAACCACAAAAGCGCCGCGGUUCAGGCUACCAGUGCUACGCGAAGCUGCAGUCGCUCAUCAGGCUCGCGGGCGACGCGGACGAGCCGUACAAGAUCGUGUCGGCGGAUGAUCCGCGGCCGAAGCACGUCCACCUGAAGCACAAAUUAGUAGAUGCCGGCGAAGGGCGGACGUGGCGCAUCCUCGCGCCCGCGACCGCCAACGAGUUACUCGACCGCGUUGCUUCAAGUGCUGCCGCGGUGUCCGACGAGGCGCCGCUCCCUCCACCGGAAGACGUCGACGUCGUGGCGCCUCCAGUCGCUGAGAUGGCGAUCGAGGCGAUGCCCGAGGAGCCGGCGGCCGCCGCUGAGGCGACGCCCGCCCCGGCGCGGCCGCCGAAGCGCGCGCGCGAGGAGAGCGAGUCCGACACCGAAGCGCCGGCCGAGCCCGACGUUUCUGGGGACGACGAGCCCGUUGAUGGCGCGGCAUCGUUUCCCGUGGGGUCUUGGGUGCGGCAUGCAACGACGGGAGCGAAGGGCGUCGUCGUCAGCGUCUACGAUGGGAAAAGGUCUGUCCUCUGCGACGACAAGGCGCACAACUGGGGCCUAGGCAUGAUCCAGUCUGCGCCGGGCGCCCCGCCGGAGGCCAUCGCCGCUGUGGCAGCGGCACGCUACGCAAAGCGAGGUGAUUGGGUGCGCGACGAACAGACGGGGAAGAAGGGCGUCAUCGUCGAGAUCAUUCCAAAGGGCCGGCGGACCAUCCUCUGCGACAACGACGAAGAGUUGAAGCGGACUACCUCCGAGUUCCGCAUCGCCAGCGGCGCCCCGCCCGCGGCCCUCGUCGCCAAGGCUGCCGCGUGGCGCAAAACAGCAAAGAAAAAAAUGGCCCCACCGCCACCGCGGAAGCGCGCCGCGCCGGCCGACGCCGAGUCCUCGCGGCCACCUCCGCAGCGGCCGACGCCGCAGCAUCCGUUCGCCGUCGGUGAGCUCGUCGCGGACAUUGACGCGCCGGAGCACGCGCUCGAGGUCGUCUCCGUCGACGGCGGCACGUACACGCUCAAGUAUCGCGACGCUGGCGCCUGGCGGGGCCAGGAGGUGUCGCGAGGGCGGGAAAAUCUCGCCGCCUUCGGGUCCGCGCUGCCGCGGCGGCGGCGUGUGGCAGCGCCCCCCGCGCCGAAGGCGAAGCCGCCGCCGCCAGCGCCGACGAAGAAGAAGAAGCCGGCGGCGAAGAAGGCGCGGCGCGUCACGCAACCGCCCGCCGCGGCCAGACCGGCGAACGCUCCUGAAGGGGCCGUCUUCGACCACGCGGCGCAACUGCACGGAAAGUGGGUGUCACCGUGGCGCCGGGGCGGACCCAAGGGCCCGGCGCCGCUCUGGUGUAAAUGGCACGACGACAUGGACCUCGCGGAGGACGACGACGCGGACACGCCGCUCGGGAGAGGCUGUUGGGAGGUGCAGUGGUCGGAUCGUACCGCGUCGUAUCUCGCUCGAGACGACGUGCGCGUGUGCGUGCCGACGCGCGAGCGCCUCAAGGCCGAGGCCCAAGCGCCGACCCCGACUUCUACAAAGCGCGCGCGCCGCGUGACCGAGUCGCCGCAAGCGCCGCCGCCACGUCCGCGGCCGCCGACGCCCCCACCUGCGCCGGCGCCCGAGCCGGCGACGGACGAUGACGAGUCCUACGACGAGUUCGGGCCCGGAGCCAAGGUCGUCGCGCCCGCCAGCGACGGAAAAGUCUACCGCGCGACCGUCGUCCAAGCGUACAAAAAUGCGUUACGAGUACAGUGGGAGGACGGCGCCAUCGACAGCGCGCCGCGCGAGGAGUGCGAACUCCUCGAGCGGGCGCCGAAGCGGGUCCGCAUCACGGACGAGGACAAGCGCGAGCGGCGCCGCGAGCAGCAGGAGCUCCGCGACAUGGCCCAGCACGACACGCCCGCUCUUUUAUUAUUAUUGGAGCGGCGCGCGAUGGCGCUACAUGACAAGCCGCGCCAGCGGGCGGCGGCUUUGCGCGCCGCGCGACCUGUCGAGCGCCGCGACUGGUAUGGCGACAUCACGGCGGUGAAAGACGGCCUCAUCGUCCGCGCGCGCAAGGAGGACGAGAACGUGAAUGGAUGCUGCGUGCGCCUCGCCGUCGGCGGCGUCUUCCUGUCGUCGCAGUUCAGUUCCGCGAAAGAGGGCGAGGCGGCGCUAGUCGCGGCGGCCACGGCGCAGCGCUGCGUCUGCGGCCGACACGAUACAGGCGGCGGCGAUUACGUGAAGUGCGCCGGAGGCGCGACCGGUCGCUGCCGCGGCUUCGUGCACCGCCGCUGCGUCGGGCUGAAAGCUGACGCGAUUGUGUCGGAAGAUUGGCUUUGCCCGCUGUGUGACGAUAGCGUUGCGACCAGGCUCUCGGUCCACGGCGGCCCGCUGGCGACACCGCUCAUCGGACGCGUCCUUCUGCAGACGCCUGGUGCCACCAUGGCUGCCCCGUCAGCGCCUCUACUGUUACGCGCCGUCGGCGCGAGGACGCGGCCCGAGGCCGUGACCGCUGAUGCGACCAAGUCGCCUCCGUCCGGCAGCCGCGUCGCUGUGACGUUCGACUGCGGUGAAGAAUACGAAGGGACGGUGGACGACGUGCUUGAUGACAAAAGUGCCAUGAUAGAUUUCGACGACGGCCAGAGCGAGAAGGUGAACUUUACGGAGGGAGGCGUGCGACUGAUCUCGGGCAACGAUGUCGUCGUGCGGUGCGUGGCGCUCGUCGGCGACGGCGACGAGUCGUGGGAAUUAAGCGAGGCGGCCGCGCGGCACGCGGCCCUCCGGCGCGAGACGGCCGAGCUCCAAUCGCAAAUGGCCAUGCUGUCGCGGGGUGGGAAAUAUGUUUUCCAUACCACGACGCCCAACUGCGAGUGCUGUGCUCACUGCCUUGACGCGCCGCGGAACGGCGGGCCUGGAACGCUAAAAAAGGCCUGCAUCGAGAAGGACGGCGAGCGCGCAAUCGCGCUCUUGCACCUCGCGAGCGGCGCGCAGCCACCGGGCGGCGGGCGCUGGCUCACGCACAACCUCAAGGCGCCGAAUAAACCGCGGCCGGCGAAGUCGCCGUCGCGAGCGUUCGACCCGAACAGCCUGCCAGUCUUCGAUCCGAAUGACGAGGACGUUUUCGGGCGCGGUGCCAAGGUCGUGGCGCCGUAUACCGAUGGGCACUGCUACCGAGCCACUGUUGUCCGUGCUCAACAAAACUGUGUUCGCGUGAUCUUCGAGGACGGGACGCCGCAUACCUGCCAGCGAUCGGAGCUCGAUUUGGACGACAGCCCUGUGGGCGGCGGCGGGGGCGACGCGGACGACGCGGGCGACGACGAGAAGGCGACGCCGCCUCCAAAGAGUGCGACGCGGCCGAAGAAGCGUCCGAAGCUGUCAGCCCCUACGCCGCCGCCUCCUCCUGCACGGGUGGCGCCGUCGGAGCCGUGCGCCAUCUGCAUGUCGAUGAUCGACGCCGACGAGGCGCAUGUGCUCCAAUGUUCUCACGCCUUUCACGCCGACUGCCUUCGUCAGAUGGCGGGCCACGUGCGGCUCUCGUCGCAUACGCGGCGUUCGAUCACGGUGAGCUGUCCGCUCUGCCGGAAAGUGACGCGCGCGGAAGUGGGCGUCGACGCCGAGGCCUGAACUGUGCCCUGUGCUUAAGUAUUACAAGACCC